AUGCCAGAACCGUUCCUUGAAUGGGAUCCCGCCCAAGUCGCCCAGUAUUUCCUGGAAGAACUUGGCAAGGACUUAACAUCAUCCUUCAUCGAACACAACAUUGACGGCUCGAUAUUACCGUUUCUCACAACCGGUCAUUUACGAGAAUUGGGAAUCGAACUGCUAGCGUCAAGACUCCAGUUGAAGAAAAAGAUCAAUGAGUUAUUGGCAUCGAAUUUCGCCAGCGGUGAAUCGAGAACUUUGCAGGGAAAUGACUUACAUUUAUCAGCAAUAGAUAUCAACUCGAACUAUGUCUCGAUGGAAGCCCUCUCGUUAUGUCUGAUUUUACUCCGGGAUUUGAGUCUGACAACCCGCCAAAUUUCAGAUGACACAAUCGACAUGAAGAAUCUCAGUGAGCAAUUCAAGAAGCUAAAAAUGGACCUUAAUCCAGUAAUACGCCUAGCAAAAGACUCGAAACCACUUCCUAUGCCAACAUUGGACCCUGGUGUAUCUCUUUCCCUGCCUACGCAUUCGGUGGGCUCGAUUCAAUCCACUCAAUCCUGGCUGGCGUCUGAUUUAGAAAGCGGAAUCACUCCCACCACUGCAACGACACUCAUUCUUCCUGAACCUUCUGCCAGCAAACUGAGCAGCUCCCCGAACGCGGCCGAAUCAAGUCCUACUCAUUCGUAUAGGUUUUCUUCCGGCUCGGUCCUCUCGGUUGGCGUGGGUAAGAUUGCGGAUAUGAAAACAGGCCUCUCAUCCAGAUUUCCUCCAAAACCCAGGCUUGUCGAGGCACAGACAUCUCCUGCAAAUACCCAAGAGAUGCAUGAGGGUCAUAAGGUCACCCUGGGCCUGGAUCCUAGUAAUGGAGUAAGACCUGUUGUUUCGAAGAAUAAAGUAUCUUCCACUCUGGUGACUGCACAUCCUCAAUCUGUCCAGUCUGGGCUGACAAACCAGCCACUCAAACAAUUGAAAGCUUCCUCAGACGACACUUGUUUGAAGGUUCUACAGCACGCUAUGAAAAGACACCACAUCCCAAGAGAAAAAUGGUCCAAGUACGUCCUUGUUGUUUGCUAUGGUGAUAAGGAACGAAUCUUGAAACUUACGGAAAAGCCUGUAAUGAUCUUUAAGGAUUUGCAGGAACACGGACAAAACCCCACCAUAAUGCUCCGAGAGCGUGCUUCCACUUUUGAAAGUGAUGGUGAUUUUGAUGAUUCCAGAAUAGGAAAUGAUAUCCCCGGUGGUAGACUUUAA